GUAUAACGCGCACGUCCACAGCCGCUUCCUUCAGGAGGAAGGUGUCUGCUCUUCCCGUGGUUGCGCUGCAGGCCCAUGCCAGCCCAGAACACAGAAUCAGAAUUAGAAGUGUUUGUCACCACCAGCCAAGAUGAACAUGGUGAAGAGGAUCAUGGGGCGGCCGCGGCAGGAAGAGUGCAGCCCGCAGGACAAUGCCUUGGGACUGAUGCACCUCCGCCGGCUCUUCACUGAGCUGUGCCACCCUCCCCGGCACAUGACCCAGAAGGAACAAGAGGAGAAGCUGUACAUGAUGCUGCCAGUGUUUAACAGGGUUUUUGGAAAUGCUCCACCAAAUACAAUGACAGAAAAGUUUUCUGAUCUUCUGCAGUUCACAACGCAAGUCUCACGACUAAUGGUGACAGAAAUUCGAAGGAGAGCAUCGAACAAAUCUACAGAGGCUGCAAGUCGGGCCAUAGUCCAGUUCCUGGAGAUCAAUCAGAGUGAAGAGGCUAGUAGAGGCUGGAUGCUUCUGACAACAAUUAAUUUGUUGGCAUCGUCUGGUCAGAAAACCGUGGACUGCAUGACAACGAUGUCAGUGCCUUCCACCCUGGUUAAAUGUUUGUAUCUGUUUUUUGACCUUCCACAUGUGCCUGAGGCAGUUGGAGGUGCACAGAAUGAGCUACCUCUAGCAGAACGUCGAGGACUACUCCAGAAAGUUUUUGUACAGAUCUUAGUGAAACUCUGCAGUUUUGUUUCUCCAGCGGAAGAGCUGGCACAGAAAGACGAUCUCCAGCUUCUCUUCAGUGCAAUAACCUCUUGGUGCCCCCCCUACAACCUGCCCUGGAGGAAGAGUGCCGGAGAAGUCCUGAUGACCAUCUCCCGCCACGGGCUCAGUGUCAAUGUUGUCAAGUAUAUUCAUGAAAAAGAGUGUUUAUCUACAUGUGUUCAGAAUAUGCAGCAGUCGGAUGACCUGUCACCCCUAGAGAUUGUUGAAAUGUUUGCUGGGCUUUCUUGCUUCCUCAAAGACUCCAGUGAUGUUUCCCAAACACUUCUGGAUGAUUUUAGGAUAUGGCAAGGAUAUAAUUUUCUCUGUGAUCUCUUGCUGAGAUUGGAGCAAGCAAAAGAAGCAGAGUCCAAAGAUGCCUUGAGAGACUUGGUGAAUCUGAUAACUUCCUUGACCACCUAUGGUGUCAAUGAGAUAAAACCAGCUGGCGUCACCACAGGGGCCCCCUUCCUGUUGCCUGGGUUUGCAGUGCCUCAGCCUGCAGGCAAAGGUCACAGUGUGAGGAACAUUCAGGCCUUCGCAGUUCUUCAGAAUGCAUUUCUCAAAGCCAAAACCAACUUCCUUGCCCAACUCAUCCUUGAUGCCAUCACAAACAUUUACAUGGCUGACAGCGCCAACUACUUCAUCUUGGAGCCCCAGCACACGCUGCCACAGUUCGCAGAGAAGAUCGCUAAACUCCCCGAAGUGCAAAACAAAUACUUUGAGAUGUUGGAGUUUGUCGUUUUUAGCUUAAAUUAUAUUCCUUGUAAAGAACUUAUUAGUGUUAGUAUCCUGUUAAAAUCUAGCUCUUCUUACCACUGUAGCAUUAUUGCAAUGAGAACCCUUCUUAAGUUUACAAGACAUGACUACAUAUUUAAGGAUGUCUUCAGAGAGGUGGGCCUUCUGGAGGUCAUGGUAAACCUUUUGCAUAAAUACGCUGCCCUCCUGAAGGAUCCAGCUCAGGCACUGAAUGAGCAAGGGGACUCAAGAAAUAAUGGUUCAGUUGAAGACCAAAAGCACCUGGCGCUGCUGGUGAUGGAGGCCCUGACGGUGCUGCUGCAGGGGUCCAACACCAACGCAGGAAUAUUCCGGGAGUUUGGGGGUGCAAGAUGUGCUCACAAUAUAGUGAAGUACCCCCAGUGCCGGCAACAUGCCCUGAUGACCAUCCAGCAGCUGGUGCUGUCUCCAAAUGGGGACGAUGACAUGGGCACACUCCUGGGACUGAUGCACUCAGCCCCACCCACAGAACUGCAGUUGAAGACGGACAUCUUAAGGGCUCUCCUGUCCGUUCUUCGAGAAAGCCAUCGUUCAAGAACAGUUUUUAGGAAAGUUGGAGGAUUUGUGUACAUUACAUCCUUGCUCGUUGCUAUGGAGAGGUCUUUGAGCUGUCCUCCCAAGAAUGGCUGGGAGAAAGUGAACCAGAACCAAGUGUUUGAACUGCUCCACACUGUGUUCUGCACAUUGACUGCAGCAAUGCGCUACGAGCCAGCCAACUCUCAUUUCUUCAAAACAGAGAUUCAGUAUGAGAAGUUGGCCGAUGCCGUUCGAUUUCUUGGCUGCUUCUCAGACCUCAGGAAAAUCAGCGCCAUGAAUGUCUUCCCCUCAAACACACAGCCGUUUCAAAGACUGCUAGAGGAAGAUGUGCUCCCACUAGACUUGGUGUCACCCACUUUGCGGCACUGCAGUAAACUUUUUAUUUAUCUCUACAAAGUGGCCACGGAUUCUUUUGACAGUCGUGCAGAACAGAUCCCUCCUUGCCUGACAAGUGAGUCUUCUCUCCCCUCUCCUUGGGGGACACCAGCUUUGUCCAGGAAAAGGCAUGCAUAUCAUUCUGUUUCAACUCCCCCUGUAUAUCCUGCAAAAAAUGCUGCUGACCUGAAACUCCACGUGACCAGCUCACCACUGCAGAGUUCCGAUGCGGUCAUCAUCCACCCGGGAGCCAUGCUAGCUAUGCUGGACCUCCUGGCCUCUGUGGGCUCAGUGACACAGCCAGAACAUGCUUUGGACCUUCAACUCGCUGUGGCCAAUAUCUUGCAAUCCCUGGUACACACGGAAAGAAACCAGCAGGUGAUGUGUGAAGCCGGCCUGCACGCACGGCUGCUGCAGAAGUGCAGUGCCGCACUGGCUGACGAGGACCACUCUCUGCACCCACCCCUACAGCGCAUGUUUGAACGCUUGGCCUCUCAGGCCUUGGAGCCCAUGGUGCUGAGGGAGUUUUUGCGAUUGGCAAGCCCUUUGAAUUGUGGUGCCUGGGACAAAAGACUGCUAAAACAAUAUAGGGUCCACAAACCAAGUUCACUAAGCUAUGAACCGGAGAUGAGAAGUAGUAUGAUCACAUCACUGGAAGGUCUGGGUUCUGAUAAUGUGUUUAGCUUACAUGAAGAUAACCAUUACCGGAUAAGCAAAAGUCUGGUGAAAUCUGCGGAAGGAACUACUGUACCCUUGACCAGGGUGAAGUGUCUAGUCUCCAUGACAACUCCACAUGACAUCAGACUUCAUGGGUCAUCCGUUACUCCAGCUUUUGUUGAAUUUGACACAUCCCUUGAAGGGUUUGGCUGCCUGUUUCUGCCCAGUUUGGCCCCUCAUAAUGCCCCUACCAAUAAUGCCGUCACAACAGGUCUCACUGAUGGGGCUGUGGUCAGUGGAAUUGGGUCUGGUGAACGAUUCUUUCCUCCUCCCUCUGGCCUGAGCUAUUCUAGCUGGUUUUGCAUUGAACACUUUAGUUCUCCGCCAAACAACCACCCAGUGAGGCUCCUGACUAUUGUGCGCCGAGCAAACUCAUCCGAGCAGCACUACGUGUGUCUUGCUGUCGUUCUGUCAGCCAAGGACCGAUCCUUAAUUGUUUCCACUAAAGAGGAACUGCUCCAAAAUUAUGUUGAUGACUUUAGUGAAGAAUCCUCUUUCUAUGAGAUCCUCCCGUGCUGCGCUCGGUUUCGUUGUGGAGAACUGAUCGUGGAGGGACAGUGGCACCAUCUGGUUCUGGUGAUGAGCAAGGGCAUGCUGAAGAACAGCACAGCAGCCCUCUACAUUGAUGGACAGCUUGUCAGCACUGUGAAGCUUCAUUAUGUUCACAGUACUCCUGGGGGCUCGGGCUCUGCAAACCCCCCGGUGGUGAGCACAGUCUAUGCCUAUGUUGGCACUCCGCCUGCACAACGCCAGAUCGCUUCAUUAGUCUGGCGCCUGGGACCCACUCAUUUUCUAGAAGAAGUUUUACCUCUGACAAGUGUCACUACUAUUUAUGAACUCGGACCAAAUUAUGUUGGAAGUUUUCAGGCCGUAUGUAUGCCGUGUAAAGAUGCAAAAUCCGAAGGUAUCAUCCCAUCUCCUGUGUCAUUAGUGGCUGAGGAAAAAGUGUCGUUUGGCCUCUGUGCACUCUCUGUGUCCUCCUUAACCGUGGCGAGAAUAAGGAAAGUGUAUAACAAGCUGGACAGCAAGGCCAUCGCUAAGCAGUUAGGCAUUUCCUCCCAUGAGAACGCCACUCCUGUGAAGUUGAUACACAACUCAGCAGGACACCUGAAUGGACCUGCCAGGACAAUUGGAGCCACUCUAAUUGGUUACCUGGGUGUAAGAACAUUUGUCCCUAAGCCUGUUGCCACUACGUUGCAGUACAUCGGUGGGGCUGCAGCCAUCCUGGGCCUAGUGGCCAUGGCCUCCGAUGUGGAAGGGCUGUAUGCCGCAGUGAAGGCCCUGGUUUGUGUGGUCAAGAGUAACCCACUAGCCAGCAAGGAAAUGGAAAGGAUCAAGGGCUACCAGUUGCUGGCAAUGCUGCUUAAAAAGAAGCGCUCCCUCCUCAACAGCCACAUCCUCCACCUAACCUUUUCCUUGGUGGGAACUGUGGACAGCGGCCAUGAGACCUCCAUUAUUCCAAACUCAACAGCUUUCCAGGACCUUCUUUGUGAUUUUGAAGUCUGGCUCCAUGCUCCAUAUGAACUUCAUCUCUCCUUGUUUGAACACUUUAUUGAGCUGCUCACAGAAUCCAGUGAGGCUUCAAAGAAUGCCAAAUUAAUGCGAGAAUUCCAGUUAAUCCCAAAGCUGCUCCUGACUCUCCGAGAUAUGUCUUUAUCCCAACCCACUAUUGCUGCUAUUAGUAACGUGCUGAGCUUCCUGCUGCAAGGCUUCCCCAACAGCAAUGAUCUGCUCAGGUUUGGCCAGUUCAUUUCUUCUACUUUGCCCACCUUUGCAGUUUGUGAGAAAUUUGUAGUUAUGGAAAUAAAUAAUGAAGAGAAACUUGACACUGGAAUUGAAGAAGAGUUUGGAGGCCUUGUGUCUGCUAAUCUUAUACUUUUGAGGAACAGACUUCUAGAUAUCUUGCUAAAACUAGUUUAUACAUCUAAAGAAAAGACCAGUAUUAACUUGCAAGCUUGUGAGGAACUGGUCAGGACGCUGGGCUUUGACUGGAUUAUGAUGUUUAUGGAAGAGCACUUGCAUCCCACCACCGUCACGGCUGCCAUGAGGCUCCUGGUGGUCCUGCUGAGUAACCAGUCUAUUCUCAUCAAGUUUAAGGAAGGACUCAGCGGCGGAGGAUGGCUUGAACAGACUGACUCUGUCUUAACUAACAAGAUAGGAACCGUGUUAGGAUUCAACGUGGGCAGGAGUGCCGGCGGGAGGUCCACAGUCAGGGAGAUUAACCGGGAUGCUUGUCAUUUUCCCGGUUUUCCAGUUCUUCAGUCUUUCCUUCCUAAGCACACCAAUGUCCCUGCCCUCUAUUUUCUCCUCAUGGCCUUGUUUCUGCAGCAGCCCGUGAGUGAGCUGCCUGAGAACCUGCAGGUCAGUGUGCCUGUCAUCAGCAGCCGAUGUAAGCAGGGUGGCCAGUUUGAUUUGGAUUCCAUCUGGACAUUUAUCUUUGGGGUUCCUGCUUCCAGCGGAACUGUGGUCUCGUCCAUCCACAAUGUCUGCACUGAAGCUGCUUUUUUACUGUUGGGAAUGCUCCGCAGCAUGCUGAACUCACCGUGGCAAUCAGAGGAAGAGGGGUCUUGGCUCCGAGAGUACCCGGUGACCUUGAUGCAGUUCUUCAGGUGCCUGUAUCACCACGUUCCGGACCUCGCCUCCGUGUGGAUGAGCCCCGACUUCCUGUGUGCAUUAGCAGCAGCCGUCUUCCCCUUCAAUCUUCGGCCUUAUUCGGAGAUGGUGACUGACCUCGACGAUGAAGUUGGAUCGCCAGCAGAGGAAUUUAAAGCCUUUGCUGCAGACACGGGCAUGAACAGGAGCCAGUCAGAGUACUGCAAUGUGGGAACCAAGACGUAUCUGACCAAUCACCCAGCCAAAAAGUUUGUCUUUGACUUCAUGCGGGUCUUAAUAAUAGACAACCUCUGUCUGACCCCUGCCAGCAAGCAGACACCACUGAUUGAUCUUUUGCUGGAGGCUUCCCCUGAAAGAUCUACAAGAACUCAGCAAAAAGAAUUUCAGACUUACAUUUUGGAUAGUGUGAUGGACCAUUUGCUUGCAGCUGAUGUGUUACUGGGGGAGGACGCAUCUCUGCCUAUCACCAGUGGAGGAAGCUAUCAGGUGCUGGUAAACAAUGUGUUUUAUUUCACACAACGUGUGGUGGACAAACUUUGGCAAGGCAUGUUCAACAAGGAAUCUAAACUUCUUAUUGAUUUUAUAAUUCAACUAAUCGCACAGUCAAAGAGAAGAUCUCAGGGGUUGUCGCUGGACGCCGUGUACCACUGCCUCAACAGGACCAUCCUAUACCAGUUCUCACGGGCGCACAAGACCGUUCCACAGCAAGUUGCUCUUCUUGACUCACUCAGGGUCCUCACUGUAAACAGAAACUUGAUUCUGGGGCCUGGGAACCAUGACCAAGAAUUCAUCAGCUGUCUUGCUCACUGCCUGAUUAAUCUGCAUGCUGGAAGCAAUGUGGAUGGAUUUGGACUGGAAGCUGAAGCACGCAUGACGACGUGGCACAUUAUGAUUCCCUCUGAUAUUGAGCCAGAUGGUGGCUACAGCCAAGAUAUUAGUGAAGGGCGUCAGCUUCUCAUCAAGGCUGUCAGUCGAGUGUGGACUGAGCUGAUCCACAGCAAGAAGCAGGUCCUGGAAGAGCUCUUCAAAGUCACUUUGCCCGUGAAUGACCGGGGCCAUGUGGACAUCGCUGUAGCAAGGCCGCUCAUCGAGGAAGCCGGCUUGAAGUGCUGGCAGAAUCAUCUUGCUCAUGAAAAGAAAUGCAUAAGUCGAGGAGAAGCUUUAGUGCCCACCACACAGUCCAAGCUGUCUCGGGUCAGCAGCGGCUUCGGUCUUUCCAAGUUAACAGGAUCAAGAAGAAACCGAAAGGAAAGUGGUCUUAAUAAACACAGCCUGUCCACGCAGGAGAUCUCUCAGUGGAUGUUCACACACAUUGCUGUUGUCCGUGACCUCGUGGACACUCAGUAUAAGGAAUAUCAGGAGCGUCAGCAGAAUGCCCUGAAGUAUGUGACGGAGGAAUGGUGCCAGAUUGAGUGUGAGUUGCUACGAGAGCGUGGCUUGUGGGGCCCCCCCAUCGGUUCCCAUCUAGACAAAUGGAUGUUAGAGAUGACAGAAGGGCCCUGCAGAAUGAGGAAAAAGAUGGUGCGGAAUGAUAUGUUCUACAACCACUACCCUUACGUCCCAGAGACAGAGCAAGAAACAAAUGUGGCAUCUGAGAUCCCAAGUAAACAGCCUGAGACACCCGAUGAUAUCAUUCCUCAAAAGAAACCAGCCCGGUACAGAAGAGCCAUAAGUUAUGACAGUAAAGAAUACUACAUGCGCCUGGCCUCUGGCAACACAGCCAUCGUCCAGGACACCAUUGUAGAGAGCUCAGAAGGCGAAGCCACUCAGCAAGAACCUGAGCAUGGCGAAGACACAAUCGCCAAGGUCAAAGGUCUGGUCAAGCCUCCUCUGAAACGCUCUCGAUCUGCACCUGAUGGCGGAGACGAGGAGAAUCAGGAGCAGCUGCAGGACCAGAUUGCUGAGAGCAGCUCCAUGGAAGAGGAGGAGAAGACAGACAAUGCCACCUUGCUGCGCCUGUUAGAGGAAGGAGAAAAGAUCCAGCACAUGUACCGUUGUGCUCGAGUCCAGGGCCUGGAUACCAGUGAGGGGCUACUUCUGUUUGGCAAAGAGCAUUUUUAUGUGAUUGAUGGAUUUACCAUGACAGCAACCAGGGAAAUAAGAGAUAUCGAAACCUUACCUCCAAAUAUGCAUGAGCCAAUUAUACCCAGGGGAGCCCGCCAAGGCCCCAGUCAGCUCAAGAGAACAUGUAGCAUUUUUGCAUAUGAAGAUAUUAAGGAGGUUCACAAAAGGAGGUAUCUUCUGCAGCCUAUUGCUGUUGAAGUCUUCUCUGGAGAUGGACGGAAUUACCUCCUUGCUUUUCAGAAAGGAAUUAGGAACAAAGUCUACCAAAGGUUUUUGGCAGUGGUACCAUCUCUAACUGACAGCUCAGAGUCUGUCUCUGGGCAGAGACCAAACACCAGUGUGGAACAAGGGUCUGGGCUGCUGAGUACCUUGGUUGGAGAAAAGUCUGUGACUCAGAGAUGGGAGAGAGGUGAAAUCAGCAACUUCCAGUACUUGAUGCACUUGAACACGCUGGCCGGCAGGUCCUACAAUGACCUCAUGCAGUACCCUGUCUUUCCCUGGAUCCUUGCGGACUAUGACUCUGAGGAGGUUGAUCUUACUAAUCCCAAAACAUUUAGAAAUCUGGCUAAACCAAUGGGAGCACAGACAGAUGAACGAUUGGCUCAGUAUAAGAAGAGGUAUAAAGACUGGGAAGAUCCCAAUGGUGAAACUCCAGCAUACCACUAUGGGACCCACUACUCCUCUGCAAUGAUUGUGGCCUCGUACCUGGUGAGGAUGGAGCCUUUCACACAGAUAUUCUUGAGGUUGCAGGGUGGCCACUUCGACCUGGCCGACCGGAUGUUCCACAGUGUACGUGAGGCCUGGUACUCUGCAUCCAAGCACAACAUGGCGGAUGUAAAAGAACUUAUCCCAGAAUUUUUUUAUUUACCAGAAUUCUUGUUCAAUUCCAACAACUUCGAUUUAGGCUGUAAACAGAAUGGCACCAAGCUCGGAGAUGUCAUCCUUCCACCCUGGGCUAAAGGAGACCCUCGCGAGUUCAUCCGCGUCCACCGCGAGGCUUUGGAGUGUGAUUACGUGAGUGCACACCUGCACGAGUGGAUCGACCUAAUAUUUGGCUAUAAGCAACAGGGCCCUGCUGCCGUGGAAGCUGUCAAUGUCUUCCAUCACCUUUUUUAUGAGGGUCAAGUGGACAUCUACAACAUAAAUGACCCACUAAAGGAGACAGCCACCAUCGGCUUCAUUAAUAACUUUGGUCAGAUCCCUAAGCAGUUAUUCAAAAAACCUCAUCCACCAAAGCGAGUGAGAAGCCGACUCAAUGGCGACAAUGCAGGAAUCUCUGUCCCUCCAGGUUCCACAAGUGACAAGAUCUUCUUCCAUCACCUAGACAACCUGAGGCCUUCUCUAACACCUGUCAAAGAACUCAAGGAGCCUGUGGGGCAGAUAGUGUGCACGGAUAAAGGCAUUCUUGCAGUAGAACAGAACAAGGUCCUUAUCCCACCCACCUGGAACAAAACCUUCGCUUGGGGCUCUGCGGACCUCAGCUGCAGACUGGGAACCUACGAGUCAGACAAGGCAGUGACUGUUUAUGAAUGUCUGUCUGAGUGGGGCCAGAUUCUCUGCGCAAUCUGCCCCAGCCCCAAGCUGGUCAUCACCGGUGGAGCGAGCACAGUGGUGUGCGUGUGGGAGAUGGGCACCUCAAAGGAAAAGGCAAAGACCCUCACGCUCAAACAGGCUUUACUGGGCCACACCGACACUGUCACCUGUGCCACCGCAUCACUAGCCUACCACAUAAUCGUCAGUGGGUCCCGGGACCGAACCUGCAUCAUAUGGGAUUUGAACAAACUGUCAUUUCUAACCCAGCUUCGAGGCCACCGAGCUCCAGUUUCUGCUCUUUGUAUCAAUGAACUAACAGGAGACAUCGUGUCCUGUGCUGGCACAUACAUCCAUGUGUGGAGCAUUAACGGGAACCCUAUUGUGAGUGUGAACACAUUCACAGGUCGGAGCCAGCAGAUUGUGUGCUGCUGCAUGUCAGAGAUGAAUGAGUGGGACACACAGAACGUCAUAGUGACGGGACACUCAGACGGAGUGGUCCGGUUUUGGAGAAUGGAAUUUUUGCAAGUUCCUGAAACACCAGCUCCUGAGCCUGUUGAAGUCCUAGACAUGCAGGAAGACUGUCCAGAAGCACAAAUAGGGCAGGAAGCCCAAGAUGAGGACAGCAGUGAUUCAGAAGCAGAGGAGCAGAACCCCAGCCAGGAUCUCAAGGACGCUCCCAGCCAGCCAAGCAGCACCAGCCACAGGCCGCGGGCCGCCUCUUGCCGCGCCACAGCCACCUGGUGUACUGACAGUGGGUCCGACGAUUCCCGGCGCUGGUCUGACCAGCUCAGUCUCGAUGAGAAAGAUGGCUUCAUAUUUGUGAACUAUUCCGAGGGCCAGACCAGAGCCCAUCUGCAGGGACCUCUUGCACAUGCUCACCCACACCACAACCCCGUGGAAGCCCGAAAUUACAGCAGAUUAAAACCCGGGUACAGGUGGGAGCGGCAGCUGGUGUUCAGAAGCAAGCUGACCAUGCACACGGCUUUUGACCGAAAGGACAAUGCACACCCAGCUGAGGUCACCGCACUGGGUGUCUCCAAGGAUCACAGCAGGAUCCUCGUUGGUGACAGUCGAGGCCGAGUGUUUAGCUGGUCUGUGAGUGACCAGCCAGGCCGAUCCGCUGCUGACCACUGGGUGAAGGAUGAAGGUGGUGACAGCUGCUCAGGCUGCUCGGUGCGGUUCUCCCUCACAGAAAGACGGCACCACUGCCGGAACUGCGGUCAGCUCUUCUGCCAGAAGUGCAGUCGGUUUCAAUCGGAAAUCAAACGCUUGAAAAUCUCCUCCCCGGUGCGUGUGUGUCAGAACUGCUACUAUAACUUGCAGCAUGAGAGGGGUUCUGAAGAUGGGCCUCGAAACUGUUGAAGACUGGACUAGCUGGCCAGAGACCCUGGUAUGCAGAGCCCUUCCUGACUCGCCGCAGCUCGGAAGAGGCAUCCAAACAGUCUCCGUUUACACAUCUCUUCAUGCCGUGUGUGGAAGUGUCGGAUCCCAGUGGAUCGCUGGCUGCUGGCCUUCAGGACGGACACUCUUCGGGUGAACAGCACAAGAAAGCGAGCCGGUUCCCAGAAGCAGCAGUUGAAGUGCUCGGCUCCCUGUGAUGGUAGCUGUCUCCGAGGGAACUCUGCUUUUCUUUACUCUCUUCUCCUGCAUCUCAUUUUUAUAGAGCAACUCAUCCUUAUUUGGAAAAACCAACAAUGAAAAAAAAGGCUUUUAGAAAAUGGUUGUAAAUCUGACUUCUUUGCAAGUAACUGUGUAUAUUGUAAAUAGCUAUAAAGGCCUUUUUUUUUUUCUAAAUAAGGACCUAACUGCCUGUAAUAUUGAGAUUUCAAACUAAACCACUAAUUCAGUGAACUACUUAGGGUUUGUCUAACAUCUCUGAGUUAAAUAUGAAUAUGGUUCUUUUAAUCCUCAAAGACAUUAUCUGUGAUCUCUCUUUUUUUUUCCUUUCCAAACCUAGCCUGUGUGCCUGAUACCCUUUCUUUCAAGUUGCCCACAGUCUCUCCACUUAAGCUAGGCUAGCAACCAAAUAAUGUGGGCCUCCUUUAGGAGCCAGUGUGGGAGGAGAAAAGUCCAGUCGUAAGAUAACCUGGAAAUACCCGAGCAUCUUGUUUCUGGCUGCACACCCCUCCAUGUUGUUUGUACGUGACAGACCCCUUCGCACCUGAUCUGUGGAGUGUUGUGUGGUCAGAGCACCCCUUCUCUGCAUUGCAUAAAGGGGGUCAGGUGUCCAAUAUAGAGCAGGACAGUCUACCUUGAUUAAUGGAAAUAUAUUUGCAUGUAACCCCAAAUUAGCUUUCUUGCAUAGAACACGGUAAGGAUGUGUCUGUGGUGACACUAAUGUUCUACUAUAGCUUAUUUUCCAAAAAGGGAUUUAAAAAAAGUGUACAGAAUUAACAUUUAAACCUUGUAAAACUGGAUCAUGUCAGAACUGCUUAAAAGUAACCUUUACCACUUAAUGCCAUCUACCUGAAAACAGUGAGAUUUAUACUGUAUCAAUGUCUAUUUUUUUGGUUUUGCUAUGAAUAUAAUUACAGUAUUUUAAUAUUUAGUUAUUUAAUUUGUUCUACUAGUUGGAUACAGAACACACGAAUCCAGGAGGAUUAAAGCUGGUGAAAGCUAAAAGAUUAGUUUAUAGAAGAAAAGCUUUGGUGGUGGGAUUUUUUUUUAAUGUGUGUUAUGUACAUAAAUAUAAAUAUAUAUAUAUAUGAAAUCAAAUAAAACAAUUAAUCUAGAUUUUAACAUUUUCAGAUACUUAAGUGAUGAUAUUAUGAACAAUUCUAAAAGCCCUGCGAUUUGGAAAACAUAGGAUCAUUAAUGGCCCAAGAAAGGAAGGACAGGCCUUCGCACCGUCACGGAGAUAUCACGCAAAGGACAGUGGCUUUGGCUUUCCCACCUUUUCAUCGUUAGGUCCUGGUGACAGGCACAUUUAUGCACUAAAAUGCACAUAUAUGCACAUGCAUUCAAAAAUAGGCAUUUGGUACAAUGUGAUCUUGUAGCCGAUGAGCUGAAAGCGGCGUAAGAACAUUUGUUCUUCCUGGUAACCAGUCUCCAAGAGAAAGUAGAAAGGCUGCUUUAGUGCCUUACGCUUCCUAAAUUCAAAUCUUUCUUUACUAGGUUUGACCUAUAGUCUAUUAUGAUACAUAUCAAAACUGAUUCAAAUACUUCCAUUUCUAAAAUUCAAAUAUACUUGUGAAUAAAAGGAUUCUUGGCAUUAAUACUUUCACUUGAGAUGAGUUGUGUUCUGUUUCCUUUCUGUCGCACUCCUCACCCUCUCCCCAUCACCGUCUUACUCUGGUUCAAAGAUGUGAUGCUGGUGUUCACCGGUUGCAGAAACUGUGCUAUCACACAGUGGUGGGGCUUGCCCUGUCUCCCCUCUGGAUGGCUGUAGCAGUGUUAUUCUACACUUUUUAAAAGGAGUGUCCUCCUUUUGUCCAUGAACCGUGUUUACCCAGACCCAAUGGCAGAGGUGUUCUUAAAGACUUGAAUAUAGGAACGUGUGUGUGUAGUUACUUCAAGUUUAUUCCUUUGUAAUCUGAAGUCUCAUGGGAUGAACACUUUCAAACUUUCCAACACAACUUCCACAACUAGAAGGUGGAAACCAACCCCCUUGUGAUAGUGUUUCCUCUGGCAGCUGGUGCUGUGGGCAACUGUUCGCUCCAUCGGGUUUGUUUUUUCUUCUCGCUUCUACCGCAGAAGUCACGGAUCCACUCAUCCAGCACAGUGCACUCGUGUGUAUACGCUCACACGGAGCAGUGCAGCACGCAUGUGCGCACACUCACACAGAACAGUACACUCACACACAUACACUCAUUGUUCCUCUGGGCAUCUGUCUGUGUUCCGUGUUCUGUUUGUUUACCGAUACACGUUCUCAAUGUGCGCACCGCCUCUCUGCGGUCUGUAUUCUUUUUCUGAGUACCUCACAGGGCUCCUGCCUGACCUUUGUAGCUUGUCUGUUCAUCCCUCCUGCCGUCAUCCACUUCUCCUCCAUGUACUCUAACAUUUGCGUGUAGUGUGCAACUGUAAUGUCAUGAUUCGGAAGAGAAGAGCUGCCCAUAGCAGCCAUUUAUCUGGAUAAUAGCAAAACACUAGAUAAGUUAUUUUGCACUUUCUUAUGUAUAAAGUUAGUAGAAACUUAUUUUUGCUUUGUAUCAUUUAAAUACAUUUUGUUUGGUAAAUGAACUGUGUAUAAAAUAUUUAUGCUGUUAAAACUGUUUUUAGAAAGUAUUUUUAAUUUCAGCAAGUUUGGUUACUUGUUGCAUGACCAUUAACACAGCUGACUUUUUGUGUCAGUGCAAUGUAUAUUUUUGUCCUGUUAUUAACUUGUAAGCCCUAGUAAUGGCCAAUUAUUUGUACAGCAACAGAAGUAAAUUGAAGAUAUUGGCUAA